ACAUGGAGUUUCCAUGGAUAAGAAACAGCCCUGCUUUUCAUCACAUGCUUCGGGCUUCUGGACAAUCUGAGGUCUGGUAUGAUUUUACUGAUGAGGCGAAAUUCAACCAGUACGGUUGGCGAUGCUCAACGAAAGAAGACUCUUAUUCAAAUGCCACCCUCAUCGGUAACUGGUCUGAAGAGAGGUUUGACACUCGCCGCACUGUGGCGUUACGACGCCCCCUUCCGCACCAGUUCUCUCAUUAUUUUGAAACCACAUAUUAUUCCAGCUACAAGAAACCGGAUGUUCAGCCGAUUUACACAACACCAAAGAGAGAGUCAAGAAGCUUCCCUGGCCACCAACCAGAACUGAACCCUCCACACACUAAGUGUGUGCCAAACUCCUGCAACAGACUGGACUUCACAGGCCCUCAACAUAGAGAAGAAAAGACAGAGGAGACUUCAGAGCCUCAGCGCGGAUAACAGAGACAAACUGAAGCCUUUGGCGGAGGAAUCCUGUUUACAAAAUUAAAUCAGCUUCAAUAUCACUGACUUCUGUGAGUGAUCCAUAUAGUCAAGUAUUGAUUUGUUGUAUUUUUCUGAAGCAUGUGUCUAUUUUUUUUUUCUUGUAUUAUCAUGCUAUACAUAACCCAUGAUGAUUAAUUUCCCAUAAUUUUGAGUUUAGAUUUUUUUUGCUUCUUAAUUAUAUUGCACUUGCUUAUUCACCUCAAUUCAUCUGGUGUAAAGUCAAUAAUUUC